GGCGCCUGCGCUUUAGCGGGCACGCGGUGUGGGUCGCGCUGAGAGAAUAGGCGGCUUCGGGCUUAGGCGAGCUCCGGCUGCAGGACCUCCUCACUGUGUCCGCCUUCCCAAGAGACCGCUCGGAGGGAGAGGGCUUGGCCCGUAGGGUUCAGUCAGCCAAAGCAGUUGGUUGGAUGCAGCAACAGAGUCCGCAGAAGGAGGGCCGCAGCCUGCCGUGUGACCCGAACCUCCUUGCCAGCCAAACGGGAUCAGGCUGCAGGGCCUCCUACAAUGCACCGCGGAAGUCUCCAUUUCUUUAGGACGUCUCCUUAGAAGCUACGCAGCAAUACUUCCGGCCAGGGUGCCGCUGAGACAAGGCUAGAGCAUCUCCGCCAAGACCCUCUUCCUGAGUCUGCAUAGCAUGUUCUGGGGCAUGGGCAGGUGCCUCUUGUCUACUGAGAUGCGGCUGGGAGCGGCGGCUGUGAUCCGGGGAUGGGGGUGCCCCCUCCUUGCCUGUCAGGGGGUGCGCACCCUGAGUACGUCUGCAGGCUCUGUCUGGGCCUGGUACGAGGCCUUGUCUGUGUCGGCGCCAGUUGCAUGGACUGAGGCAGGGCUGUUGACGCUGCAGGCUGCCUCGGGGCUGCCCUGGUGGAGUAGCAUCAUCGCUGCCAGCACCCUCCUCCGCACUAGCCUCACUCUCCCACUUGCGGCUCAUCAGGGCCAUAUCCUUGCCAAGCUGGAAAACCUGCAGCCUGAAAUCCAAAGCCUAGCAAAGCAGCUUCGCCAAGAAGUUUCCAUUUGCGCGAAACAACGCAGCUGGUCUGAGAAUAUGGCCAGGUUCCAUUUCAGGAAGAAUCUGAAAAGAAUUGUUUCAGAGUUGUACGUUCGAGAUAACUGCCACCCUUUGAAGGCCAGCUUGUUGAUAUGGAUACAGAUCCCAGUGUGGGUCUUUGUUUCCAUUGCGUUGCGUAACUUCAGCAUUGGUAGGCCAACUUCUGAAGGGUUUUCUAUUCAGGAACAGCUGUCUACGGGAGGUACACUCUGGUUUACGGACCUCACUGCACCUGAUCCAACUCUGGUUUUGCCCAUCGCACUUGGACUCCUCAAUCUGCUUAUAGUGGAAAUGUUUGUUUUGCGAAAAACCGAACUGUCCAGAUUUCAGAAGUACAGUACUUACUUCUUUCGAGGGAUGGCUAUACUUAUGGUCCCUAUUGCUGCAACUGUACCAUCAGCCAUGGCUUUGUACUGGGUGUCCUCAAGCUUCGUGGGACUUUCACACAACCUUCUGCUCCGCUCUCCUGCCUUCCGUAGGAUUUGCCGCAUCCCUCGGACCAAGUCUGAUUCAGACACUCCCUAUAAAGACAUUCUCGACGCCUUCUGUGCUAAAUAUUUCUUGAAGUGAAAUAUUUACAGUUUGGAACCGACUGUCCUUCAUCUGUGUGAUUGCUGAAGCUUGAAAUCAAGUCAUACUGUAUUAAGUCUGCUGUGGAAUGUGGAAGCUCCCUUAAGCCAGUCAUUAGUUGCAUUUAGUUUGGUGAGAAGAGUAAAUGUCGCUAAGAUGCAUCGGAAGCCUCGUGCUCGUAUGCUAGGAGAGUGUGGAAUAACUUUUGCAGUUAUUUUGUCUGUGUUUGGUGCCCCCAACGCUCUGCUAGUUCUCGAGAUACACGUGCAUGCUUUCAGCUUAGCAGCAAUUCCUGAAAUGUGGUCUUUUGUCUUAAAUUUAUUUCUGGCACUCGGGAAUAUUGAGGGGCUUGGAAGUAUGUUUGUAUUAUGUCCUAAAACUGAAGAAACUAGAAUAAAAGUAACUCCGUGGUUAAUAAAUUCCAAUCAUUUUUCUAAGCCUAGUUUGGUCGGAAGAUAGUUUCCAAAAUAUAUAGGAACUUCUGUU